AUGAAGAAAUUCGCGACAAACUUCGGAAUUAGUGUUCUCUUCUUUUCAUUCUCCGUCUUUUUAGGCUCGCUUAUUACGGCGAUUUUAGGGAUUUCGACUGUACUUGUCGACGCCGAGAAGAAUGUCGACAGCACUCCGAUGCACAGUGUCGAAUUGACGCAAAAGGGCUACAUUCAGUUUCUCAGAUGGGCAAUACCCGUGCCGGAGAUUCAUGAGUUUACAUUCUGCCUUUGGAUGAAGUCAACUGAUCUCAAAUAUCCACACUCGAUCUUUUCGUAUUCGAGGAACGAGCGGGAACGUUUGAUUCGAUCUUGGAUAUCAUCGCGCGGAAGAAGCAUUCAUCUGGAAAUCGGCGGCGUGGAGGUACUUGGAAGGUCGAUUCGUAUACAAGAGCACCGCUGGUAUCACAUAUGUCAAAGCUGGGAGAAUCGGGUCGGUCGUUACGCCCUGUGGCUUGACGGGCAUUUGGAGUUGCAAGGUCAUCUCGAGGAGAUAAUCGAACACGUGAUUCCGGGAGGCGGCGAUAUCGUCUUAGGUCAAGAAUAUACGGACUUCGAUAAAGGGCUAGAAGAGGGCAUCGAGGGUUCGGUCUUGGGCUUUAAUUUUCUGCUGGCCUCGGCGUUCGAUUCUCUCGAUAGCGGCCAUCAAAGACCCUUUCGAUCAAUCAAUGGAACUACGGAUCAAGCCAUGGUUCCCCUUGUCGCGGCAAUGCGGACGAAAAUGGCAAGGCGCGAUUCGAAUCUCAGAGCGGCGCGUGCACUCGAUAGACUGAUUUCGAUGCAAUUUGCGCUCAAUCCUAAUUGGUCCCGCAAAAUCCUUCAGCAGAGUUCCUCAACCAUUUCGCCGUAUCGAUUAAAUAUCGCUAACGGCACACGAAAAGAGGAAAUAUUACCGAUUCGUAGAAAUGCGAUAACUUUUGUCGAUGACUUGAUCGGAGAAAUCAGCCUAUCCGGAAAACCGUUGGAUGAUCCCUUGGGUUUACAGUUAAUGAAAUUGUCCUACUUUCGCUGCCAACUAGGCAGAGGUAGCCCGCCUAUAAGUGAUUCGUUAAUGUUGAUUUCUUGGAGCAGAACACCCGUAAGGAUGUUUGGCGGUGCCACCAUAAAAAACGUCGGCAAUGAAUGCGGUAAAUUUUAAGGAAUUUCCCUCGAGCAUGCUC